UUUAUUGCUCGUGAUAUUUUUAUUAGUUACAUUUGCCCUGAUUAAGAAUGCUAAGGAAAAGAAAGUCGUCACUUCGAGUAGUAGUACUUAUUCAAAUCCAGAAUUAUUCUACGUUAUAAAUCUCUUAAAGUAUUUGGCUUUGCUUCCUGCACAUUGUAUCAAUGUCACUUAUGAAGCUGUUAAAGAAGAGACAAAAAAAUAUUUUGAAGAUUUGUUUAAUGAUUUUUUGGAUUAUUACGAGGAUCAAUGGUUAAAAAAAGAAGGCCCUAAACAAUUUUCAGUUUUCGACCGACUGGAAGACCGCACUACAAACAUUGUAGAGUCAUAUCACAGUCAACUAAAUGCAUUGACGGGAAAACAUCCAGACUCGAACAAAUUCUUAGCAACUUUAAUCAUGUUAUUACAAGAGGAGCGUAUAGAUUUGCAAGCUAUGAGAAAUGGAAAUUAUGAAGAACCAACAAAAAAAACAAGAACUACUGAGAAUAAUAAAGAAAUAGAAGAAUUUUGGAAUGAAAUCAAAGAAAUCAUGAGUGAUGACGAAAAACCCGUUAAUUUGAUAGAAUCUAUAAAGAACCUGAAGUCUAUGAAAGAAUUAGAGCAAAAAGAAGAGAAUCUUAUUGAAACAAUGAUUACAAAAAUGGAAGACUUACCAGAGGAAAAUGAUGACCUGAUGAAAUUUCAAAAUUUCACUGUGAUGACUGUGCCAGACAAUCCAAAGAUUGCCUUACAACAAGUAAGGGACAUCAGACGUAAAUUUGUUGCCUCGUUAGAUAUAAAAUUUAUACUCCGUGUCUUUAAUGCACCAUAAACACUUUAAAAAUAAUUAUUUUUUUUUAUGUUAAUAAAUACCGCUAAACCUUUGUAUCACAUUUCCAUGUAAACAAUUACCAGAAUUUUUUUUUUAAUAAAUAAUAAUACAGAUACUAACAAGAUAUCAUUUUAUAUAAAUAAUUCUGUGCCAUCCGUACCGAGGUUUCAGCUCUAACUUAUAUUCUAAAUGUUCAAUUUAUCAAUAAAAGUCCUAGUACUGACAAUUUGUUAUUUU